GCUUUAUCUUCCGUUUUCUCCCUUAUACCAAGCUCCUGCCCUUUGAUUUCUCUCCUAAUUAAUGGUUCCAAUAAUCUUCCUAUUCAAUUCCCAAAUUCAAUAUGCUUGUUAUAUAUACUUGAUCUCCAUUCGUUCGAAUUGGCUAUUCCAAAUGAAGUUUUUGUGUUUAAAUGCCGAUGGCUUCACUGGCCUCCAUCGUUUCAUCUAGAUCGACAUCUCAUCAAAUUUUGAAUUUCGUAUUCAAUUCUCCUAUCGAUCUCUCUAGAGUGAAUCCCCUUCACCUGUGUCCGGCGCUGGGAUUGGAUUUGAGGCAGAUUGACAAUAAUCCUUGCCCUAGCUUGAUGACAUCGAAGCCAGAGUUCGGCAAUCGAUUUCUUCGUGAGCAGGGUAGCAAGGGCAUGACAGCGAUGAAGAUGACCGUUAGCGGUGGAUUUGCCACGAGCUCAGAACGAGGAGAGUUGCACGGAUUUCGAGCAGACCAGAAGAUGAUUGAUAAUGGAAGAUCAAUUAUAGUGGUACCAAGGAUACGGCCUCCUAAUGAACCACCGCCAUAGGGUGAAGCUAAAGCUCGCUGUCCGUACCUUUGCUCAGUGAAGUGAUCCCAAGGAAGACGUGGUUCGUGCUUCCUUUACUGUAUUGAAACUAUAAGCUAUGUUCAAGGAUAUUUUGUAAUGAAUACAUUGUUUUGGGCCCGCAAGCCCACAUUUUGACCAUAUGCGGCCCAUUGUUGACUAUUGAAUAUUUUCGCUAUGCAAUCAAUCUAACUUGUAAUGUUGUUA